AAUCAAUUUCACUUUCCCUAGUGAGCACAGUGUACCAUUAUGCAUCCAUGCUAUGUGUUGUGUUGGUAUCAUUUUAUUAAAAAAAUCAUAUCCCUAACCAAAAUGUCUAUAACUGUACAAGAAUUGUGUAUACGUCUGACCUUAGAUUUUGCAGGAGCUGCCAUAUAAGUAAUAGUAUUAUGUAAUUAAUCCUUUCCCUCUAGUGUGGCAUAAAAAAUGUUACUUACCCAAGGUUAAGAGAACUUUUUUGAAAAGUUAAUAAACUUCCAUCAGUCUCCAUCUGGACAGGCAAGUAGAUUUUGUGCUUUAGCUGGUAAACUUUCGUGGCAAGUUUCCACAGCUGUGUGGCAGUGUCAGGCUAGAAGAAGUCUUGUGGAUGGGGCAAACGUGACUUAAGUGCUCUGAUUUUAUAGAAACCUUUUAACAAUCAUGCCGUUUCCACAGUCACUUGUUCAGAAUGGCUUUUAUAAUACAAAGAAAUAAAUGCACUUUGUUUAAAAACAAAACAGAUUCUUCUCUGACAGUAAAAUUCUCUUACAUUAUCACCACCUUUAGAUUUUUUAAAGACAACCUAUAAUGGAAAAAAAUCAGUGCCCUUUUUCCUUGUUUGACUAAUGAAGAAAAUUUAAGGGUUUCUGCUUUUUUUUUUUUUUCGUAAGAAAUACCAGGUCUUGACUUUCCUGUGUUUGCUGGAGAAGCAGUGUGUUCAUGGGAUACUGGAAGCUGAACAAUUGUGGAGAAGAGCCUUUUAGUCAGAAUACUUAAAACUAUUUUGUUUAACUCAAACAUCUGACACAUACUUAAGAGGAAAGUUUUGUGAAAGAGUCAACAUCCCUUUCAGUGGAGGGCUGGGAAAGCACUCUCAAGUCAUCUAGAGUACUCCAGCAAAAACAAGAACACACAAAUUUUUAAAAUCAAAAGUAAGCAAGAACUGGUCUCGGGGUAUGUGUCUUUUUACAUAAACAAAGGGCAAAACCAAAUGACGCCUUCCACCACUAGCACCCCCCCAAUAAGUCAGACUUGUUAUUCAUUGAGUUCUCUUUGUUUUCCAGAGAAAAUUGCUUAAGAUUGCAAAGCCACAGACGCAGCUGUCUGGCGUGUGUCUCGGUAGAACUUUCUCUAUCCAGUGAGCCUAUUGCCAGGGAGGAAAAGAGAAUAGUUUGCUUUAUGGCCAUCUAUCUUACUGGUAAGGAGUGGAGGCUAUUUUGAGGUUAGCCACUGGAGCUUAAAUUGUAAACAGGUUGAGGCACUUACACAGAUCUCUCCAUAGAUGUUAACUUGGGCUACUGAGUUUGUGGAUUCUGUUCAUUGCUAGCUUGGUUAAAAAUGACCCGAUGUUCUUAGCUGCUUCUGAGUAAAUAUAGCAGUUGACAGCUGUAGUUGAAUUAAUGCACAUGUAGAAUCAACCUAAAAUUCGAUGACCUUCCUAUAUUAAACAGGAACCUGUACUUUUUAAUGGAAGUGUUUAGUGCUAUGGUAAGGGAGUGGGAUUUCUGUGAAGGGAGUAGAGGAUCCAACUCACAGCACGCACAGAGACUUUAAGAAAGUUCAAACUUUCUGCAGAUUGACCGUGUCAGGUAGAGCGUGACAAAGUCUCUGAUCCCAGGUGAAUAGUUUAUCUGUCCAGACAGAAGGAACUUGCCUAGACAAGUAGCUUUGCAACAGCUCUCUAAAAUUCUGCCAGUUCUGUAAAUCCUGUUACCUCUGUAAUAGAAUCAUAGUUAUUCGUAGAUUGUCUUGUAUUUCCCACUAGUCGCAGAUGGGAAUUGGGGUACAGUAGGGUAAUAGCCAACUUUAUAAUAGGGUAUUCAAGGGUUUAUAUAUUAUAUAUUUUCAUAGUACUUGUCGCCCCAAAGGUUACAACAACAGCUUACAAGAUACAGUGAUGUAUGCACGUACCGCACCACUGAAAUGUGGACACAUUUGUUGUGGAAAGCAACAACCACCUCAGCAACUAGUGUACUGCACAACAGUAUGCAAGGAUGAAAACGAGUUGACUGAGGAAAACAGGACAAAGCCCUGUUCUCUUAAAAUGCCUUGGGAUCCGUUGUGUCCACAGGGAACAGACUGGAAUUCCUGUUUUUGUUUUGGGUGUUUUUGUAAGUCUUAUCUGAAAGCUCCCCUACACUCACGUUCUGUUAACUUUUUAAUGUUGCGGCUGGAGCAUGUUUAGACUAAUCUGUAAAUGAAGGGAUUUUAAAUUCAGAAACAGUGGAACCAUAAACUUCAUGACAUGAUGGAAGAAAAUAAUUGUGAGAAUAUGGCAGUUUGGAGAGUGUUCCGUGGAGUCUGACUGGUACAAGUGUACAUUCUGGGGUCUGGACUUAGCCCACAAAGACCAGCACAUACAAGUCGUAUCACCAGAAAUUAUGGCACUUUGGGGUGCUUGUUCCAAUGGGUUGCAAUAGUUCUGCGAACUAUCAUUUCCAAGUGUCACAUGAGUUGAAUUUUUCUUUGUACAAGAGUACAUAGUCUCUUUCAAUCUUGUCAGCUUGCAUGUGGUUGCAGUGCUACUUACAAAUGGGAAGAGAUUCCCAAAGCAGGUCAGACAGUCUAGGAGGGAACAUUAUACUGGAAUGAGCUACCACUAGCUUACUCAAAUGAACAAGUAACUCCCCUGUGAGCAAGCCAGCUAUGAUCUGAGUUUGCCACUUCCCUGCAAAGAAAGCAUUGCUUUACAGAUUAGUUAACUCAUCAACACUCGUGAUGUCAGCAUGUCUUUUUGACAACUUGGGAAUCCCUUGUCCCUAUCAAUUGAUUAUUUUCUGUUUCUAUAAGGACACAGAGAGUGGCUCAAAGGGGUGGUAGCUGUGGCUAAUAUGAUUGUGUUGAGCACCGGUAGUGUGCUUAGAAUUAUCCAAACAUAAGAUGUUCCUGUCUGAUAGAGUUUGCAAUGAAGUAGUUUGUUCAAUGAAUAAGUGUCAGGCCAUUGAUGAUAGGGACUUAAUGCAAAUCUUUUUUCAGGUCUGGAACUCUAGCUUCAAAUCAAUCUGGUCACAGUGCAGGGAUGCAGUUGAAGCUUUUGAGUUGAGGAUCACUGUAUUUUCUCUUGCUGGAAACAGUGAUAAAAAUGAAAGGAUAUCUGUGGGUAGGGCAGCAGGAGAUAAAGGGGGAAAUGAAAUAGCAAUCUGAAGUACUGGUUGAAGCUUUAAAAUGGAAAUGUAGAGGGUAACAAUUUGUCUGCCGUUUUGAAUACCUUACCUACAACAUAUGGAAAGCCCCACUUUAAAUGGUCUUUAUGUGAGGCCUGGUCCACACUAUGCAGUUAAAUCGAUUUAAACAGCGUUAAAUCGAUUUAACGCUGUACCCGUCCACACUACAAUGCACUUUAAAUCGAUUUUAAGGGCUCUUAAAAUCGAUUUCUGUACUCCUCCCCAAUGAGAGGUGUAACGCUAAAAUCGAUAUUACUAUAUCGAUUUAGGGUUAGUGUGGACGGAAAUCGAAGUUAUUGGCCUCCGGGCGGUAUCCCACAGUGCACCAGUGGCCGCUCUAGACAGGUAACUGAACUCUAAUGCACUGGCCAGGUAUACAGGAAAAGCCCCGCGAACUUUUGAAUUGCAUUUCCUGUUUGGCUAGCAUGGAGCUCUCAUCAGCACAGGUGACCAUGCAGAGCUCAUCAGCACAGGUAACAAUGCAGUCUCCUGAGAAUAGAAAAAGCGCACCCGCAUGGACCGCACGAGAGGUACUGGAUCUUAUUGCUAUAUGGGGAGAGGAUUCAGUGCUAUCAGAACUGCGUUCCAAAAGACGAAAUGAAAAAACUUUUGAAAAAAUUUCCAAUACCAUGAGGGAGAGAGGCCACACCAGGGACUCAGUGCAGUGCAGAGUGAAAGUCAAGGAGCUCAGACAAGCCUACCAGAAAACCAAAGCAGCAAACGGCAGAUCCGGAUCAGGGCCAAAAACAUGCCGCUUCUACGCUGAGCUUCAUACAGCUUUAGGGAGCUGCGCCACCAGUACCCUCCCCCCUUGUCCAUGGAUUCCGAGGUGGGGGUUAUAAUCUCAACCGUGGAUGAGGAUUCAGCGGAGGGGGAAGAUGACGAGGAGGAAGAGGAGGAAGAGCUUGCAGAGACCACACAGCACUCCAUUCUCCCCAACAGUCAGGAGCUUUUUGUGACCCAGACGGAUUUACCGUCCCUGCCCUCCCAAGCCACUAGCCCAGACAGUGAAGCCAUGGAAGGGACCUCUGCUGCAAAUUUUUCAAGCCUCCCUACUCCAUCUCAAAGGCUAGCUCAGAUAAGGCGGAGGAAGAAGAGGACACGAGAUGAAAUGUUCGCAGAAAUCGUGGCAGUAACCUGCAAUGAAAGAGCUCAUCUGGGGGAGUGGAAGGACGUGGUAGCAAAGUACAGGAAAGAUGCCAGUGAACGUGAGGACAGGAGGGACCAACGUGAGGAUAGGAGAGACGCUCGAGAUGAGAUGUGGCGGCAGGAAGAUCAGAGGUGUAGGCAGGAACAUCAGCGGUGGCGGGAUGCAACGCUGGAGCUGCUGCGUGAUCAAACUGACAUCCUCCGACGUCUGGAUCUUCAGGAAGAGCAGCGGGGUCACAGACUGCCACUCCAGCCCAUGUUUAACCACCCUCAGUACUCGCCAUGUUCCAUAUCUUCCACACCCAGACGUGUAAGAACGCGUGGGGGAAGGCUUUCUGCACCCGCCCACUCCACCCCCGUGGACAGUCCAAUCAAAAGGCUGUCAUUACAUUGAAAUGUCCUUAAUGGCCUUUUUCUUCCCUCCUAUCCUCCUCCCAAACCACUCCCGGGAUACCUUGUUAUUUCUCUUACUCUUUUUA